AUGAAACUCACCAUCUUCGCUACUUCCUUUCUUACCGCCGUUGUUGCAGUGUCGGCAACCGCUCUGCCAGAGCAGCCUAAACUUGCCGACGGAUUGUACAAGAGCCAUCUGGAUGAUGCCGGCAACGAAGUGACCCAUUUUGUUCCAUGGGAUCAGCUUGGUAACUCUACAUACGUUCCAACCGUUGAAGUCCUCCCCUCACCCAACGUCGAUAAGCGCUCAAUCCUCGUCAAACGCAAGGAGGGCUGUCAUGCCAGUGUCAACAGACCUUCAUCUGAGACAGAUAAAGCCAACAAGUGUCUUAUAGACAGUUUCGCUAAUGAUCCUAUUGUAACCACUGCAAAUGGUUAUAAAAGAUUCUCGUGUGUGAAGGGCAACUCGCUAUCGUAUAUCUGUUCCUACAACAAAGGUCCAAUUAUUGGGCCUGGGUCUACCACAAGAAAAUGGAAGUCAGAUAUUAAAGGCUCUUGGGACUACGUCAAGAGAACGCUCUGUGGCCAGAAUCGACUCGGAUAUGCGCAGGUGAUCAACGGUGAGGGGGAUGUUACAGCUGGAUACACAUACAAUGGUGAUAAGUACUGUUGGUAA